AUGGACUUCUUUGCGACGGGUGGAUUCCAGCAGCUUUACAGCGACUUGGAAGAGGAGCCACUGGCCGCCGGCGAUGCGCUGCUGAAUGUCAUCAGUGUUGGGGAUUUCGAGAGCUCUUAUGUGGAUAGCAACUAUAUAACCAAUUACAAUCAGCUGGAAUUCGAGGAGUCGGACUACUAUGGCAUCAUCACCUUAGACAGCAAUAAUAAUAAUAAUAAUAGUGGUAGUGAAAAUGUCCAGGUGGAUCUGCCGUAUGGGGAGGAUCCCUCGUUGUUCAUAGACUUCAAUGACCUGACCGUCUGUCCGCCGGACUUGAGUGACUGGGAGCAGCGGCUAUUGGAUAACUACGUGGAGAUUCCGGAGCUGGUGGACUUUCUGCCGGAGCGCACACCCCUCUGCACAGACAACUGUGCGGACUUUCUGGAGGAGAGCAACAGCAAUCUGCGCCUGACGGGGCCGCCAACCUCAGAGAUCUUCGAUCCCGAUCGAUUGUCCUCUUCGCCCGGCAGUUGUGAGCCCGCCAGUCCUGCGGAUGCAGCAGCUCCACCAACAGCACCACCACCUGCCCUCCAGAUGAGUGAGAAUGCCGCCGGCGAACGGGGUUACCUGUGCACCUUCGGGAACUGCGAAAAGAUCUACGCCAAGCCCGCGCAUCUGAAGGCCCAUUUGCGGAGGCAUCUGGGCGAGAAGCCGUACGUCUGCAGUUGGCCAGAUUGCGUCUGGCGUUUCUCCCGAUCCGAUGAACUGGCCCGCCACAAGCGCUCCCAUUCGGGUGUGAAGCCGUACAAAUGCGACUACUGCUCCAAGUGCUUCGCCAGGUCGGAUCACCUCACCAAGCACCGCAAGGUCCACGAACGGCGACUGCUGGCCGCCACCAGAGCUGGCAAAUCCUUGUUCUCCGACGACCUCUAUGCCGUGCGACCAGGUCGAAAGCGCAAGAACCAGCUGUAA